AUGAGAGCGUCUUCCCAGGGCAGCUUUGGCCCCAAAACUAUACUGAGGACCGGUAUUGCCUUGAUCGUGAUCACUUCGCCUGUUGUAGUUGCACGAUUUGCCGGCUCUCUUCAAAGGCCCAAGGAUCUCAAAGCGGAGGACUACCUGUUUAUUGUCGGUUACAUCUUUUUCUUCGAACUUGGCAUUCUCUACAUCUACAUCGCCCUCGUCAUAUUUCGACUAGCAGCUCUCCAGGCUGGAACGAUGCCACUUUACGCUACGAUUUCCCAAGACUUGCUUCGCCUGCAGAUUGUCUUUUUCGUUACAACUUCCUCGCUAUGGAUCUGUUUGUGGAUGAUCAAGUUCUCACUGAUGGCGGUGUAUAAGCGGUUGUUGGUCGGGAAAGCAUACCUCAUCGCUUGA